AUGCCUCACCUGGAGUCUGGCAUCCUUAGGGGAGAGAUUCGUUGUAAGAUUUUAAAAGGACAUUCAGAUGCUGUGACCUCCUGUCAUUUCUGUUUCGAUGAUGCAAACAUUAUUUCAAGCUCUUGCGAUGGUACAGUGAAACUCUGGCUGCCUGCCAUGUACCCUGGAAAGGCACAGAAGCUCAGGUUGAUAACAGCUUCGUAUGAUAAGACGCUGAAGGCCUGGGAUACAGAAACCGGGAAAGUGCUUUGGUCUGUUGAGCAGGAUGGUCUUCUAACAUCAUGUGAUGUUUCUCAUGAUGGUAAAUACGUUGUCUCUGGUUCUGAUAUCGAAAACGCUAUAUGCCUUGUUGAUGCGGCGAAUGCUAAACCGGUGGCGUACAUCAGAGAGCACCACACAAGCACAGUAAGAAGAUGCCGCUUUGAUCCUCACAACCAGCGAAUAGCUACGGUAUCAUCUGACAUGUCUGUAAAAUUCUGGGAUAUUGUAGCCCAGUCCACCACAAUCACCGUUGAAAAGGCACACACUAAUGCAAUUUCAGAUUGCUGUUUCUCUUUGGAUGGUCAUUAUUUGUGCACAGCAGGCUGGGAUGAAGUCUUAAAAUUAUGGGAUGUCAGAACAGGGGAGUUUCGUUCUCACGGACCCAUGGUUUUGGAACAAGGUCACAUAGGUAUCGUUGGCUGCUGCAUUUUCAGUAAAGACGCAUCACUGCUGGUAUCGGGUGGUUUUGACAAGACAGUAGUCGUCUGGGAUUUGACACAAGCCUAUAAAAAGAUAAGUUUAAAGGGUCAUGAACACUGGGUGACAGAUGCUACAAUUAGUAGCAACAAGAAGCUGAUUGUGACUUCGUCAAAGGAUUGUACUUUGAGGCUAUGGGACAUUGAAAACGCAAAUGACAUCCCACUGGUAAUACAAGCUAUAAGAGCAAGAGGCUCAAAGGUAGCCAAGUGUGAAGAAUGUGAGAAGCCCUUCUUAAUCUUCCAGGAAAAGGAAGAAAAAGUGGAAACCAGAUGUGUUUUCUGUCGACUGAAAGCUCACAAGAGCGUUUUACCAGUGCCUCCGUCCCUGCCUGCCGAUCUCUAA